CUUUCUACAGACUAUAUAUCUCCAGACCUCCAUACAACACACUGUCCUACCCCGGAAGGGACUUAACAUCUAGUUGGAGAGAUGUGAUAGGAGCUAGGUAAGUUCCAGCUGCAUUCACUGGAGAAUAAGUGACGUGAACACUCAGAAGAGAGAGGUAACAGUGGGCUAGGGAGGUUAGGGAACACGUCCUGCAGAGAUGAGAAUGCUCUUUGAGUAUUUGUGGAUAAAGAGUUUGAUUGGAAUAGCGAUUUUGUGCUGAGGAGUGGUGGGUGGUAAGACUUAGACAGGUAGCACUGGGAAGCGGUUAAGACCCGUGUUCGUUCCAGGUGGAAUUUGUUUGAAUUCUGGCUCCUCCACAUACUAGUCAUGUGAUCAUGAGCUAAUGAAGGAGUCUUUUAGCCCAGUUCCAUUGCCUAUAAGAUGGGUUGAUGAGGACAAUACAUAUUCUUAAGAUUGGGAUAGGAUUUAAUGAGUUAAUAUACAAGGGGCUCAGAACAAAACCCAGCAUCCAGUAAGUGCUCAAUAGCUGCUGGUCACUUGUGCUUGAUUCUGUUGGACUUCAACUAGUUUAGAAUCUCUAUUCUAAAUAAUGGGAGCUUUUGAAUCAAGGUUCACAGGUACUGCAGUGCCCCUUUCUGUAUUUAUUACAGGGUCACAGAUUGGCGUCUUUGGGUUGGAAACCAUCUCUGGUUUCAUCAACUGUUCCCAGAGUACCAGUGUUAAAUUGUUCAACCCCUCUGUAGGGGUUUUGGGCUUGAAGCCUCAGAGACCUCUUUCCAACAGACAUUUAAAGGGGGAAAGAGGCAGCCUGGGCAUCUGUUCAGACAUUCAUUCACUCUUCUGUAUAUUCAAUCAACAUUUACUGAAUACUUUUUUUAUUCGGGGCGUCAUGUUUCUAUUAACUACAUCUGGAACACCAGUAAGGCACCACUCUGCCCAUAUGUCAGCUGCAAGUUUAUUGGCUAGAAUUGUCAUUGUUUAGUUUUAAGACAAUUCAAAGUUAUUGCCGUGGCUUGUGUUAAAAUCUUGAGGUUUCUUCUCAUGCUUCACUUGGUGCCACUGCUGGGCUUUGUAUUUAUGGAGAUCUGAUGGCCCUGGAUGUGGUUGGGGAUCUUCUCCUGGGAAUUUCCUCUUUCUUCCUCUCUCCAGCUUUUUAUAGCUACAUAAGGUUUAGAUCUGUUAGCAAACACAUGGAUAAUUAUGCCCCUCUCUGUUUAUAGACUCAGGAUAAAUUGUCCUAAUGGGAAAAUAUCUGUCCUUUGUAGCAGUUUGGAUCAAGGCAUUUAAUUUUGUGUGUGGUUCAUUUGCCUUUCUAAAAAUCAUUUUGAUGUUUGUUUCACUCAUGAAUCAUCUAUUGUUGAUAAACAACAGCACUCAAUAAACCCCAUUAAAAAUCUUUUCUCAAUCUAAAAGUAGUUGACAUUGGAAAAAUAUGUGACCCAUCCAUAUGUUUUCUCAUAGAUGUUGAAUUAAAGGAAGCAGUUGGAUUUUAAGACUCAAGGGACCUCUGAUAAGAGGCCCAUAGAAAUGAUCCACUGGAGUCAGCCCACCAGCAUGCUGGAAAGGCUCAAUUCAGUUCAGUUUGCCUCAAAGCAUCACUGUCAUAAUGCAUUUGUAUUCAUUCUUUCAACAGUCACAGAAGACCUAAUAUAUGCAAGAUUAGAUUAUAGAUGAAUAGUGAAGUGUCUCUAAAUAACAAAAUAGAGAUAAACCUUGCUUGGAUUCUUCAACUUGGUGAGAAACAGCAAUGUAUGCUUCCAAUCAGAAGGCAAAGUCAGUCCUUUCCUCUGCUAUGCUGGCGAAAAAUGAUUGCACUCCCCCAGUGAUGUAAAUAAACCUCCAGAAGUCUUGAUUUUUACUCAGUUUGGGCCAACAAGCAUAAAUGCUUCUUUUUGCUAUGUUUCCUUUCUCCCAAGAGGUAAAAAUACUUGGUGAGAUGCAGAAGUGUAAUUGGUAAGCACACCCUUUUGAGUCAAACUAGAUGGGUUUGAACUGGGAGCUCCAGUAUUUACUAGCUUCAUUACUUAACCCUGUUGUGACUCAGUUUCCUUGCAUUAGAAUAAGGCUAAUAAUUAUUCCCACUUCACAGGACUCUUGAAAAAAAAAGAGAUAGAUAAUCUACAUAAAGUUGUUAACAUAGUGCCCAACCUAAUUAUAGUAAGAGCUUAAUAACUUAUAGCUAUUAUCAUUAACAUCAUCAUCAACUAAUAUUUGUGUGCUCACUAAACAAAAAGUAACAUUGCUUGUAUGGAGAAACGAGAGAGAGGAGCAAAUCUCUUAAAUACACGUGUCGCUUAUUCUAUAUCUAAGAGUUGGACGUAUUCCUAGAGAUACCCACUCCAGUAAACAAAGGUCCAAUGGGAUGUGGGCCUAUGUUUGUGGGGAGGAUGACAUUCUUGGGGUGCCUUGUUUGUAGGCAGAGAGCCUGGACGCUCAGGGUCUUUGCUCCCACAUUCAAUGCUGUAAAGACCACCACUUGAGCCCUAGAAGGGAAUGGAAGGCAUUCUCUAGCCUGGCUCGUGCCUAGACACACGAGACUAUCACUUAUGAGGGAGUCUGAUGGGUGAAGAUUGUCCAGUGAUGUCAGUGUCCCGUCAAUUACCAUUAGCGUCAGGCAAGGCUUCAUGUCUGACCCAAAUUUUAAUGUUGCAUUUGUGUCUCUUACCUCUUUUGUCUCCUGUGGAGAUGAAGAACAGCUGGUCGGUAUCCUCUGUAUAAUAACCCUUCAGAUGGGAGACGACUGUUAAAUUUGCCUUGAGGCAGUUUUUACUCUAGACUAAACAACUGCAAAUCCUUUAACCUUCCCUCAAAGGUUCUAUUUUCUGUCUCUUUAAUCAUUUUGGUUCUCCUUUGGAACCUUUCCAGUGUCUCCCCAUCUCCCUUAAAAUAAGGGGCCUCACACUGGACAUACCACCCUAAUAAGAGUCUUUCUGCUGCCAAAUUCUUUAUUAUGGGGGAGGAAGUGGAGAGAAGCACUUCCCUUUCAUGUCAACCUCCCGCCAGUGUGAACUCACCGCAGUGUUGUGUUGCCCAUUUCUUAUCUGUACAAUACGCAGACUCAUAUUGGAUACGUGGUCUGCUGUGAUCCUCAUGUCUUUGUUUUUCUCGAAUCUAGAUAUUAAGCCCCAUUUGUGCCUGUCAUUUUGAUCAUCACCCCUCAGGACACUACUUUGUAAUCAGCCUUCGUGCUGAAAUCUAAACUGUUUUUAAUGAACCAUUUCCUUCAUGUCUUGAAGCCACUUUGGAUUCUCCUAACAUACCAGCAGUUUCUGCUCAAAUUAGUAUUACUUAUAGACUCUGGGUGUACACACAGUAAUUUUAAGUAUUUAAACCAGACCUAGGGUAAAAUUAGAGACCACUUUUUAAGCACCCCUUUGUUUACUGAGCCAUUGAUCUGUUUUCCAGUCAGCAGUGAACCUGGGGAGGGAAAAGACCAAGAACAUCCUAUCUUUCUGGCCUGCUGAUGAGAAUGUCAUAUGCAUUCCAAAGCUUUCCUGAAAUUAAGUCAUUAUACAGAUGUGCUCAAAUUUUAAUUCCUGGCAUAUACACACCCUAAACUGAGCUUAGACAACAAAGUCGGUGGGGGAAGGGGAAUAUUUAUUUGUAUCAAACGUAAAAUCCUGGAUUUACCUUCAACAGCAUUGGUUUGCACAUCAUAAAUUACACACCAGAUUGAAGGAGUAGAGAGCGUUAGAAGUAAAGCAUUAAGAAACUGUCAGUGGGAAAAGCAAUCAGAAGGGAAGAAGAGAUGACUUCUGAAAUUAUUCGAAAAAUCAUUCCAUUUGAACCUAAUUCCCAUAAAACGUAUCAGAUACUGAGAUGCCACAUAAAAGUAUGCUAAUCAAUCUACCAAGUCUGCCACCCCAAAGCAGAAGAGAAGGAAUAGGGAGGAGGGUAAAGAUCAACAUUCAUGGAAGCCUUAUAAUAUUUGUAAGCCGGACCCUCUAAGAGUUCUGAUAAAUUUGGCUUUUCCUGAAAUCAUAAGCUAACUGGCUUUGACCCAGGAAUUGCCAUAUUUGAGGUGUGGCUUGCAAAGCUCCGUUUCACCAGACACCUGUAGCAUUCUCCUAACCUCCACGUAUCAUUGCUGGUUGCAGUACCCACACCUCCUGGAGAUACACUUUAUCCUGGGGUUUUGUUUCCUUCUAGUACUUCCAAAGGAGGACCACCACCGCCUGGCAUUCCUACCUGUUUCUGGCUUUGCUGUGGUGCAACCUGGAUGAAGCAACUGAGGGUAAUUCCAGGACUGGUGAUUGCGAUGAUUAGUUAGCAGGGCACUCUGUGGGCUGCUUCUGAAAGAAGACAGAUUUCCAGCCUGACCUUGACACAGGUUGCCCCCUCCCAGGCUCCAGUUACCCUUUCCGGUAACAAUAAUGGUACUGAGAACUGAAGCCUUCUUUUGCCUCUUCCUUUCUAAUGAAGUCCUUCAAAUUCCACCAGAUCUAUCCCUUGCAAAGCUAGUUUACUUUAAGGGGUUGUUGGGCUCCCAAGAAGAGAACCCUAGCUCAGAGACAUAGGUUUGGGGCAAGAUUCUGGGAUGAACCCCAAGGAGUAGGAUGAAUGUGUGUCCAUCUCAAGUCCCAGGAGGCACAGGGCUUCAUUUUGUGCCUAGAUUUGUGCCAUCCAACCACAGGUGGUGUCCGUACCUCCAGCUCCCUCUGGGAGCUCUGCCCUGAAUCCCUUUCCAAGCCAGGUGAAAAUGUGAGCAGAAGUUCCUUAAUGGUUUGAGGUUUGGCACAGCGAUGCUUUCACUUUUCAGCAAGUGUUAAAAGUGGAAAAGUGGAAUAAAAUACAAUUGGAGGUUUAAAAAAAUAAUCUCUUCAUGCAGUGAAAUGUGGGGUGACUCCCCCUGUCUCCGAGCGCCCUCCCUCCGCUCUUAGAAAAGCAAACACUCUUUUCCUGCCUUAUUUGUAUUCCCAUUAAUUUAAGACAGGAAGCCCUCGGUGGGUGUGAUGUAAACAAUUCAGCCUCGUGGGUCGGGCUUCCUCAUCAGUUUGCAGCUGGAGCGAUGGCUGCGCGGCCCAAGCCCGGUCCUGCCUCUCCGGGGGGAUGACUUGUUGACUGAACCCCGCAGAUGACGGGAGGGGCGCGGGCGCGGGAGAAGGUAUAAAGGAAAUGCUUAAGUUGUGCCGUCACCGGCGAUUGUAAUUCAGCGGUGGUAAAUUUGGUGCCUGCAGCAGAAAGACUCUGACUGGAGGUUUCUGAAAAGUUUCUUGACAUCCUGCCCGGUGUGAUGGUUGUGAUUCUGGUUUGGGGCUCCCCCACCCACCCCCUGUAGGAACCCACGCUGCUGCUGGUUAUGAAACGGAGCGGUUAUGAAAUGCGCUGGUGUCGGGGAGGUGGAGCUUCUCGCGGCGGCUGGAGGGAGAACUUUUGACCGGGCGCGGGUCUCGGGGAAGGGCGUUUUCGGCUCCGGACCUGCUCCGGGUCAGGGCGGGAAGCCACGCUCCUCCCCAACGCCCCCCCCCCCCCGAUCGCUCGAUGUCCACGAAGGUGCGCGCACCAGCAACCGUGGAGUCCCUGAAACCCACCCGCGGGCGGCUUCCCUCUCCCCGCGAGGGAGUGACCGGGGAAGGGGUUCUGGAAUGCCGUGGAGUUCUGACAAGUGAGCAGGGGAGUGACGGGCCGAGCCGGGAUCCCAUGACAGCCUUUUCAUAACCUCCCAGCCCGGGCUGCGCGCGGGCGGAGGGGUCCUCCCACGGCCAUGGAGCGCACGGCGCGGACCGGUCUCCAGAAGGACGGCGCGGAGGCGCGCAGGGGGGCGGCGUCCCGGGCGGCGAGCCCGAGCUGAGCGCCCCCACCCGCGCCCGGCCCGCCGCGGCAGGUGAUUAGGCAGCGGCUCGCGCGCGCGGCCGAGCGGGGCCCCGGCGCGCAGGGUUAGCGCCGCCAGCUGCUCGCGACCCGCACGCCGGCCGUCGGAGGCGUCGGACUGGAGACCCCCUCGAGGUGACUUCAGAACUGGAGUUACCUGGCUGAACAGUGCUGGAAUGGCGGCUUCAUCUACCUGAUCAUGCUGCGCCGGUUCAAGCACAAAGUCCACUCUCCUUACAAUGGCAGCAGUAGCAACAGCUCUGAACCAGGAGAGACACCGACCUUGGAGCUGGGUGACCAAGCUGUGAAAAAGGGGAAACGAGCAAGAAAGUUUGGAGUCAUUUCCAGGCCUUCUCCCCAGAAGACCACUGAAGAACCCAAGAGCGGUCCUGGCUGUGAGUUGGACAAUGACCCCAUCUCUGAGUCGGACAAUGGCCCAGACCCUGAACUUGGAAAUGGUCAUGCUUUUGAGCUAGAAAAUGGCCCAGAAUCUCUCAAGGAGCUGGCCGGAUCCCAUCUAGACAGUUCAGAAGCAGACAGAGGGACGGAGCAUAGCAUUCCAAAGACAGAUGCUUCUCUACCCACAAGCAAUGACAAACACCGCUUCUCAAAAUCUGGGAAGACAGACUUCCAAUCGAGUGACUGCCUGGCACGGGAGGAAGUUGGCCGGAUAUGGAAGAUGGAGCUGCUUAAAGAAUCGGAUGGGCUGGGAAUUCAGGUUAGUGGAGGCCGAGGAUCAAAGCGCUCACCUCACGCUAUCGUUGUCACUCAAGUGAAGGAAGGAGGUGCCGCUCACAGGGACGGCAGACUGUCCUUAGGAGAUGAGCUGCUGGUAAUCAAUGGUCACUUACUGGUGGGGCUCUCCCAUGAGGAAGCGGUGGCCAUUCUCCGCUCCGCCACUGGAAUGGUUCAGCUGGUGGUAGCCAGCAAGGAGAACUCUGCUGAGGACAUCCUGAGGUUAACGUCUAAGAGUUUGCCUGAUCUGACCAGCUCAGUAGAGGACGUGUCCUCUUGGACCGACAACGAAGACCAGGAGCCAAACGGGGAAGAAGACGAAGGACCCGGCUCGUCUUCUGUCCGGGGAGCAAUGCCCGGGACAGAGGAGUCCCAAGAUUCGGGCGGCCCCGAGGAAUCCAAGGGAAACCUGGAAAGUCCCAAGCAGGGCAGCAGUAAAAUGAAGCUCAAAAGCCGACUGUCAGGGGGUGUACACCGUCUGGAGUCUGUUGAAGAAUAUAAUGAGCUGAUGGUGCGAAAUGGGGACCCCAGGAUCAGGAUGUUGGAAGUCUCCCGAGAUGGCCGAAAGCACUCUCUUCCCCAGCUGCUGGACUCUACUGGGACAUCACAGGAAUAUCACAUUGUGAAGAAGUCCACGCGCUCCCUAAGCACCACGCAGGUGGAGUCCCCGUGGAGACUCAUCCGGCCUUCGGUCAUCUCCAUCAUCGGGCUUUACAAAGAAAAGGGCAAGGGCCUUGGCUUUAGCAUUGCUGGAGGUCGAGACUGCAUUCGAGGACAGAUGGGGAUUUUUGUCAAGACCAUUUUCCCAAAUGGAUCAGCUGCAGAGGAUGGAAGACUUAAAGAAGGGGAUGAAAUCCUCGAUGUAAACGGAAUACCGAUCAAGGGCUUGACGUUCCAAGAAGCCAUUCACACCUUUAAGCAAAUCCGGAGUGGAUUGUUUGUCUUAACAGUGCGCACAAAGUUACUGAGCCCAAGCCUCACGCCCUGCUCCACACCCACACACAUGAGCAGAUCCAGCUCCCCGAACUUCAACACCAGCUCGGGCAGCUCAGUUGCAGGCCCCGAGGAAGGCAGCUCUUUGUCCCUGGGUCGGAAGGCCCCUGGGCCCAAGGACAGGAUCGUCAUGGAAGUAACACUGAACAAAGAGCCGAGGGUUGGGCUAGGCAUCGGUGCCUGCUGCCUGGCUCUGGACAACAGCCCUCCCGGGAUCUACAUUCACAGCCUGGCCCCCGGAUCCGUGGCCAAGAUGGAGAGCAACCUGAGCCGCGGUGAUCAAAUCCUGGAAGUGAACUCGGUCAACGUCCGCCACGCUGCUUUAAGCAAGGUCCAUACCAUCCUGAGCAAAUGCCCCCCAGGACCUGUUCGCCUUGUCAUCGGCCGGCACCCUAACCCAAAGAUUUCCGAGCAGGAAAUGGAUGCAGUGAUCGCACGCAGCACUUAUCAGGAGAGCAAGGAGGCCAGCUCCUCUCCUGGCUCAGGUACCCCCUUGAAGAGUCCCUCUCUUGCAAAAAAGGACGCCCUGACGUCUGAAGCCGAAGCCUCCCCAUACUUUGCCCACAGCGUCCCAGGCUCCCUGUCAGACUUCGUGGUGGCUGCUUCUGAGGAUGAGGACCCUCCGGGCAGCGGCGGCAGCACCUCCGAGGACGGUGGCCCCCCAGCCAAAACCUCCACUCACAAGGAGCCAGGAAAACCCCGAGCCAACAGCCUUGUGACGCUAGGAAGCCAGCGGUCCUCUGGGCUCUUCCACAAGCAGGUGACGGUUGCCAGACAAGCCAGUCUUCCUGGAAGCCCGCAGCCCCCCCGGAACCCGCUCCUCCGCCAGAGGAGGGUGGGCUGCUAUGACACAGACGAUGCUAGCGAUGAGGAAGAGUUUGACGGCGAAGGGGACUGCAUUUCUCUCCCGGGGACCCUUCCUGGUCCCAGCAGGCCUCUGACAGAGGUCAACUCAAGGCACACCCUGAUGACCUCUUCCAAGGUCAUGGGUAUCAACAGCCGGGGGGAACAGCCCCAGAAAACCGUGGUCAGCAAGGCCUCCUCAGUGCCUCUCCUUGGCAGCUCACUGAACUUAGAGGAGAGUGUCCCAGAGGGCCUGGGGGACACUCCUUCCCGAGCAGCCAACCUGUUGGCCUCUGCGGAAGCCCACAGGGGUGGCCCUGGCUGCUCAGGGAGGAAGGAGCUCUCUGGAUCAAAGAGUUCCCCCAAAUUAGAAUACAAAGCUGACACAGGCACCCAGAGUCUGGGGAACACAGAUCCCCCCAGGUCUGCCCAGCAGAAGAAUGACAGCCUGGGGUCCAGGCACAAACCAGUGGCCAGAGUCAGCCCACAUCACAAAAGGCCCGAGGCUGACGCCAGGCCCAGCACCUCGGAGACGGUGCAUCUGACCGCUGGAGCCGACGUCCCCUGUGUCCGGGCCACUUCCAGCAAAGAGACCAGGCCUGGUUUUCAUCCAGGGGGAACGGCGGAAAAGGAAUCUCUGGGGAAGCUGUCCAUCAUCGGCGAUGAGCAUGUCCCUGCCAGCUGGGAGCCUGCUGCUGCCCUGCCCCACCCAGAUGCCGGCCGCUGCCCAGAGAACCUGCUCGAAGCUGCACCAGAGCAGGGUCAACAACCCAGGACAGGACUGGUUGGCCCCCCAGACCUCGUCCCUACCCCAGGGCAGAAGUGGGCAGCUCAUCCUGACCCCAGCAAGACCUCCGUGGACACAGGGCAAGCCAGGAGGCCUGAGGACCCCAGAGAGCCAGUGGCACCCAGGGUUCCUGAGUCUGAGGACAGAUGUCAAGUGGGACCCGGCCCGGAGCGCAGCUCAUCCCCCAAGAAGACGGCAGCAGCUCGGCAUGACUUCAGCAACCCUCCAGCAGCCCCAGAAGCCAGCUCGCCCAGGAAGGCAGCUGCCCUCGGGGGAGGACCUGAGGCAGAGCGAGCAUCUCCAGCGGGCACCGCCCUGUCUCGAGACCUCACGUCCCCCGAGGAGAGACCCAGAGUUCCCGGCAACCACAGCAAGGCUCCACAGACAACAGCAGUCCUCGUGCCCGAAAGCUCCCGGGGCUCUGCUCUGCUCAAGGGAACAGACUCUGGGUCCGAGAGGGCCCCGCAGGCCAGCCCCACCCUGCCGUCUCCUGCGGACAAGGCUGGCGGGGUGUGUGGCAGUGUCUCGGGCCACUGCUGCCCCAGGGAACGCGGGGGCAGUCCGGUGACCGACAUCGACAAACUCAUCAAGGAGCUGGAUACGUCAGAACCAAGACUCCGGUCUCCUCACGGAGGGGACCAGCUGACUCCAGAGGGACAUUCUCAGGGCCAGCCUCCAGCAGGAGCGGGAAGCGGAGGUUCCCGCCCUGCCGAGCCAGUCCUGGGCAGCCAGACCCCCACCCCGAGGAGGACCUGGGCAGCUGCUGGCCAGCCCCCUCACCCACACUGGGCCUCCCAGCCUUCCGUUUUGGAUUCCAUUAAUCCCGACAAACAUUUUACUGUGAACAAAAACUUCCUGAGCAACUACUCUAGAAAUUUCAGCAGUUUUCACGAAGACAGCAUGUCCCUGUCAGGGCUCGGUGACAGCACAGAGCCAUCCCUCUCAUCCAUGUAUGGUGACGCAGAGGACUCGUCUUCCGACCCGGAAUCGCUCAGCGAAGCCCCACGAGCUUCCAGCGGGGACAACUGGUCACCUCCUCGUUCUCGCCGCUCUUCUCACAAGGAAAACACUACCGAGUCUGAGGAGGAGCAAAUCGAGAUUUGUUCUCCAGAUGGUUCCCCCCACGCCCUCUCAGCUACUGCUCCCGCCCCCACCCAGCCUGCACCCUGCCCGGUGCCGGCCAGAAUGCUGCGGCUGAAGCACAGCGCGCUCCGGCAGGUGGUGGGAAACCCGCGCGAGAGAGCGUCCUUUGUCCCUGGCACCUCCUGCCCUUCGAUUCCGGACUCUUCCCAGCCGUUUUCUCUCUUGGAUACAAGCUCUCGGGAGCAUGAGCUUCAUGCAGACCAAAGGCCGUCACAGGACCCCAGGCCCUCAUGUGAAGAAGAAACCCUGCAAGCCCCCAGCGCAGGCUCCGCUGUGGAGAGCAGCCGGCCCCCUAAGGCCCCCGGUCAUUUCCACAGCCUUCCGGUCACUCUCCGCAGUCUGAACGUGGUCAACGGUCUAGAACAUGACCUGCUCGGUGACAAAACCCCCCAUAAAAAACAAGACACAAAUGUCAGUGACGCUGAAAAUCCAUCCCCCUUCAGCACGGAUGUCCCUAAGAAUGGAGAAUCCGUUUUGACGACUCUGCACAUCUCCGAAAGUCAGGACGUGGAUGACCCACUCCAGAAACCAAAAAUGAUCUCCCGGAGGCCCAUCAUGGCCUGGUUUAAAGAAAUAAACAAAAAUAACCACGGCUCAGCCGCACAGGGCAAAACGGAAAAGGAGCAGCCCGUGGUGCCCGCCAGGAGUCCUGACUCCAAAAGUCAGGGGUCGAGUUCCUGCCACAAAAAGGGGGUUGCUGGGCUUCAGAGCCCCCCACAGCUGAAAGUGAGCCUGGAAAAUAAAGACCCACCUAAAAAGGGUUCCGUGGAAACACCGUUAAACAACGGUCAGAAACCCAAGUCCGGCCCUAAGCUGAAGAGACUGAGCAUCAAAAGCAAGUGCAAGGUCACUUCAGAGGCCCCUGCUGCUCCUGCGGCCAAGGCUGCUGGGAUGGACCCCAGGAAACCCCUCAUUUCGCCCCAGACCUCCCACAGAGCGCUUCCCAAGGGAGCAGCCCCCCGGUUCCACACCACCGAGCCGGAGGAGCCGGAGAAGAGCGCCACAGCAGCCCCCAGGUCCCCCCAGUGCGUGCUGGAGAGCAGGCCGCCUGCUGCCUCGGGGUCGCCGAAGCCCCCCGCAUCCGAGACGAGCAUCCCAGCCUCCGUUUCGCCCCACACCUCCCCCAGGACCCUUCCUGAGCAAGGCGCAUGCCGUAGAUCGCAGGCCGCUUUCCACCCCGAGCCCGACGGCCCUUACGCAGCCGCCCCCGCGUCUCCGCGGUGCAGCCCGGAGAGCAGGGCCCCCGCUGCGGCCUUGGGGAGCAGCGCGUCCCCAGCCGCCCGCGGGCAGGACGUCCCACCUCCAGGGCCAAGCACGAGACGUGGGUCCAGCCAGACGGAUCCAGCGCCGCAGGCAGCCCAACCAGGGGUGACUUGCGACAGAGGAAGCAAAAUAGCUGCUGGCGAUCCCCUAGAGAGAACCAACCAGCUGAAAAUAGUGGAAAUCUCUUGUGAGAGAAUGCCAAAGAAUGGCUGCAGUGACAAGCCCGCUGAGGGUGACAGACUAGGAGGGUUCUGGGCCCAGAGCAACUGUCAGGACAAGAGUGAAAUUAGACCCUGUCACCAGUACCCGGAGCCGUCCGCACAUCAGCCACCAUCGUUCCCAUCUCGUGCCUCCCAGGUGGAGCCGGAAAGCCAGCGACCUUUCGGUGUGGCAAAACUGGCCUCUUCCUCCUCCUCCCCACAACUCCCUGCGAAAAAGGCCGAUUCCUCCCAGGCGAAGGCAAGCCAGGCGUCAGGCUCCCUAGGGAUGCCCAGGAAUGGUGCAGCAGGGGGCCCCGCACCAGAGGACCAUCCGUACUUCACACCAAGGCCGGCGACCAGGACCUACUCCAUGCCCGCCCAGUUUUCAAGCCAUUUUGGCCGGGAGGGGCAUGGCCUGCCCAGCCCAGGUCGCUCGCAUCGGGACAGCCAGAUCCUUGCGACAAGUGGGGGCCUCCCUGAGGCCAAGGCAUCCAGAGGCAGUGUCCUUGGCCUGGCUAAUGGACAGGGCGUAUAUAGCGUAAAGCCCCUUCUGGAGACAUCGAGGAACCUUCCGACCACCGAUGAAGGGGAUGUCCUCUCAGUGCAAGAAAGGAGCUCUCUGGUCACAGACAAAAUCAAAGUCACCAGAAGACAUUACUACCCAGAGCAGAACUAUGAAUCUACCUCAUUUUUCUCUGUGAAGCAGAGGAUCAAGUCUUUUGAGAACCUGGCCAAUUCGGACCGGCUGGUGGCCAAGUCUGGGGCAUCCCCCUUUUUGUCAGUAAGCUCUAAGCCUCCCAUCGGGAGACGGUCAUCUGGCAGCAUUGUUUCGGGGGGCCUCAGCCACCCUGUUGACGUGACAGCAAGGUCACUGAGACGCAGCCUGAGUUCCUGCAGCGAAAGCCAAAGUGAAGCCAGCACCCUCAUCCCCCAAAUGAGCAAGUCCCCGUCCAGCAUGAUGCUGACGGUCUCCCGGCAGAACCCAGCAGAGGCUGGGAACAAGGCCGCCGACCCGGACCCAAAGAAAUCACUCGGUCCUUCUGGAAUUCCCACCCACCCUGUGACUCCAGCCUCUCCCAGCAAGAGGAACAAGUCCUCCGUGCGCCACACCCAGCCGUCGCCCCUGUCCCGCUCCAAGCUCCAGGAGCUGCGCGCCCUGAGCAUGCCAGACCUGGACAAGCUCUGCAGCGAGGAUUUCCCAGCAGGGCCCACUGCCGGGCUCUUCAAAACCGAGCUAGAAAUCGUCCCCAGGAGGUCGCUUGGCUCUCCCGCUGGAGGCCUCAGUGGAUCCACCGCCCUUUCAUGCCCCAUGAAGCCAGGGGAUGGGGCCUGUCCAGGAAGAAGCAGCCCUAAAGCCAGUGAGCCUGAGGGACCCAGUGCAGCCCAUCAUGUGGGUGAAACCACCUGGGAUCUGCCUUCUGGAAAAGGCUGGUCGGUCAAUUUGGAUCAGCUUCUCAUCUCAGCGGGGGACCAGCAAAGAGUGCAGUCUGUUCUGUCAUCAGUGGGGUCCCCAUCGACCGUCCUCACUCUCAUUCAGGAAGCGAAAGCACAAUCAGAGAAUAAAGAAGAUGUUUGCUUCAUAGUCUUGAAUAAAAAAGAAGGCUCAGGUCUGGGAUUCACUGUGGCAGGAGGGACAGACGUGGAGCCAAAAUCAAUUGUGGUGCACAGGGUGUGUUCUCAGGGGGCUGCUUCUCAGGAAGGGACUGUGAACCGAGGGGAUUUCCUUCUGUCCGUCAAUGGUGCCUCACUGGCUGGCUUAGCCCAUGGGGAUGUCCUCAAGAUUCUGCACCAAGCACAGCUGCACAGAGAUGUCCUCGUGGUCAUCAAGAAAGGGAACGAUCAGCCCAGACCCUCCAGUAGGCAGGAAGCCAACGGGAAGGGCUUGCUCUCCAGAAAGACCAGCGCCCUGGAGCCUGGUUUAGGGAGCAGCCUUCCUUCACACGAUGCGCUGUGUGUCGAAGUGCUGAAGACCUCCGCUGGGCUGGGAUUGAGUCUGGACGGAGGGAAAUCCUCAACAGCCGGAGACGGGCCCCUGUUCAUUAAGAGAGUAUACAAAGGUGGAGCAGCAGAACAAGCGGGAACAAUCGAAGCCGGAGAUGAAAUUCUUGCCAUUAACGGGAAACCCCUGGUGGGGCUCAUGCACUUUGAUGCCUGGACUAUUAUGAAGUCAGUCCCGGAGGGACCCGUGCAGUUGCUGAUUCGGAAGCACAGGAAUUCUUCCUGAAACAGGCACCAGGAGUGACGCUCACAAGUGGGGCUUGUUACAUUUUUUAACAAGAAUCUUCUUUUCUCAGUUCCCUUACUUUAGCAAAUCAGAACAACUUCUUUCAACACUGGGUUCCUAAAACAGCACAGGAACCUUGGUAUAGGCAAGGACUACAGAAAUCUCCAGGUUUUUACUUGUUUGUGGAGCUAACCUCUUAUGUGUGCGACGGCAAUGGCGCUGACCUCUGGAAGCCUUCCACCCGGACAACCGAGGCCAGGAGGGAUCCUUUCGUUCCGGUGCCUCUUCCCUCCCUUUUUGUGUUUAUUGAUGGGGACACAAGAUGUGGCAUGCCCUUCUUCAUUCAAAACAUUUACUUAAGACUUUCGUGUCCUUCCUGCCUCCUCCCUCAGCAGACCUAAUCCUGGCCGUGAGGGAGCCAACCAAGUCUGAGGGGUGACGCGAAUGUCACCAAUAAAGGACUACAGUUUUAUAUAAUUUUGUAAGUAAAUAAGAGAAUGCUUUUAGGCACAUUCAGUGGAAGGAGCUGUAGGUCUGUACAUUACGGUGAAAAGAAAGUGAGACUUAAAAGAAAAAAAUCAGUUCUGACCUAACAGUUAAGCUGAGCUCAGGAAUUAUCCAAAAAUGAAAAAGCAAAAUCCGGAAAGGGGUAUUUUUUUUAGUGAGUGUCCUGUGCACUGUGUGGCUGCAGGGUUCACUCCGUGGGUUACGGAUCAUCAUGAAGUGUUGAUCGUGAUCUGAAAGUGUAAGUCGUAAGGCUAUUUUACAGAAACGCUGUUCUGAUAAACCAUACGAACUAGCCAUGAACUCUGCUGCUUAGAAGAAGCAGCGGGUUCCAGCUCUGAAAGCACCUUGCAUCUGGUUCGGAACUUGUCUUGAGUAAGUGCUUGCAUUCAAGACCAGUCAACACAGGAGUGGGCAGAAAUACUAUAGUCACUGGGUUUCCAUUUCUAUAUUUCAUGCACUCCCAACACUGAGCUAAAAAUUUUUAGUAAUCUUUUUAGCAUCCUUGGAUUUAUAAACAUAGGCAUUACAUUUACAAUCCAAAGGGCGGAGCUUAAAAAUCAUCCUUUUGGGACUUUGGUUGGUUGGUUUUCCCCCUGGCCAACAAGCUUAAGAAACGGCCCCUUUCUAAGCACCGGCCCACUGUCCUGACCUGGGUGUGACCACGCCCCUGCAGGGACCGCUUGCUGCUGGUAUUUUCCUGUUUUGCAAAUUCUUCCUUUGGCCCAAACUGUUCCCUGCAGAAGACUGGUGUGACUCACACUGCCCGUGAAGCUGGUCCCGGCUGCUCUCCUGUCAAAGCAUGACUUCUCCCCGUAGCCGCUCCCAGUCAGUGUGCUCUUGCUCCCGGUCCCAAAACUGGCUCUUCUCCUUCGUACUGCACCUUCUUUUCUUAAAUUCCAAACCUCCAUCAGUUUCACUUACCAAAAUGUAAAAAGAAGACAACGGGGAAUGCGGGGGACUCACUCUUUCAAGGUAAAGAAACAGAACUGUGUUGCACAACCCCGACCCGAGAGGGACCCAGACCAGCUGCUCCAGUCCUGGGAGUACGGGUGAGGACACCAGAGCUGCGCGCAGGACGACGCCCACGUUUUGUGCUGGACGCUUCCUUCAGUAACCUGCAGCCUGGAUCUGUGGCUUAGAGAACGUAAGUGAGGUCACUGUACACCCGCCCCCGCCCCCAUCAUGGAGAUGCUCGCACUGUCACCUUUGUACAUCGUUUUCCGAGGGACUCCUCCCUUACCAUAAAACCUCUGCCGAGUUGGCCCACAGGGGUCUCUCAGAUGAGAAUGAAGUAUCUGGCUGGUGUGAGCCCAGACUUUUCAUUUUUUUUUAAACAGGUUAUACAGAAGAGAAUGUAGUACAAGAGUUAGCUAGAAAGACACGACUCAUGUAGCUUCUACUUUUCACUACACUUCCUGGUAGGAUUCUGUAGGCAGUCAGUGCAAGGUGCAUGCUAGAUUGUUUUUAAGUCUCUGGGGUCAGUGGUGUGGUUUUUGCUUUCUUGCCAACACGGUAAGAAUAUUUGGCCUCGACUCUUCCAGCUGUGCCUCCUAGUAACAAAUUCACAGUCCUAUGUGAACAGACCGGAAUUUCUAGAGCAGUUCGGCGCAAUGGAACAGUCUCCUUCCGAGUCUCUAGUCAUCUUAUCUGAAAAGUGCAAGGGUAGACCUUUCACUCACUGAAGCAGGCUAAAGUCAUCACUUCUAGUAUAUCUUGCCAGAAGGGUUUCCCUGGCCAACAGUUGGAACUUAAGGGAGAAAGCAAAAGGCUAAACUAUCUCUGACCCUCAGAUCGAAAGCUACUUAUUUGUCUUCAGUGUUCAAGGCAUGACUAGUAUUUCUAAUGAGUCUAAUCCCCACACUUCCUGAAGUGAGCACUAAUGGUAUUCUAUUAUCCUACUAAAACUUUCAUUGUUUCAGUUUUCUAAUGCAUCAGUCAUCCACAAUAAGCUAUGAGGGUAAAUACGUGUUGUAACAAGUAAAUUGUAGUUGCAAGGAUAUUCUGUGAAGAUUGAAAUAAGUUGGAUUGCAUUUCUGUCCUCCAAAACACAUCUCAUUUAAUUUUAUGGUUGACUUAAUUGGCACCACACCUGUUGUAUGAUAUUCUACAUUAUCCUUUAUUUAUGUAAAAUAAAAUGCCUUAUAUAUUAUGGAAGAGUAAGUGCAAUAAUAUGAAAUAGCCUGUACAUUUUUAAAAUGUUGUCGCCAAGUUAUGUAAAUCCACAUCUCUGUAAACAACCUUUUUUAAGUAAUUUUAAAAAAAUAAACACUCUGCUUACUACUU